GCCUCGGUCCGAGGCCGGCCGUGGUCAGGCGGCGGGACGGUUCGCGCCUGGGAACGGGGAGGAGUCAGGAACCAGGGAACUCAGCCAGCUGAGAGGAUCAAAUUCCUUCGGUGUGAACUCUGAGACUGAAACUUGUCGGUGCUGGAGACCCGAGGAGGAGAGAGCCAGAGGGGAAGACCAGCCGCUCCACCUGCCCACGGCGUCCCCCGGGAAAGGCGGGAGCUGCUCGCUCAGCCGGUCCCCCCGCCCCGCCGCCCUGCCCGCCCCCGGCCCCUCAGAGCCUGCCUGGAGAGCGGAGAACAUGGAGCCAGAAAGGACCCAGAUAAAGCUUGACCCCAGGUACACGGCAGGUCUUCUGGAGGUACUGAAAACCAAUUACAGCAUCUCCCCUGCCUGCUUCUCUCACCCCCCCACUGCAGCCCAGCUCCUGAGAGCAUUGGGCCCUGCGGAAGCUGCCCUCACAGCCGUCUUGACCACGCUUACCAUGGGCUCUGUCAUCAUCUUCCUGGAGGAUGCUGUCUACCUGUAUAAGAACACCCGUUGUCCCAUCAAGAGGAGGACUCUGCUCUGGAGUAGCUCUGCACCCACGGUCGUGUCUGUGUUCUGCUGCUUUGGUCUCUGGAUCCCUCGUUCCCUCAUGCUCGUGGAAAUGGCCAUCGCCUCGUUUUAUGCAGCGUGCUUUUACCUGCUGAUGAUGGUCAUGGUGGAAGGCUUUGGUGGGAAGGAGGCAGUACUGAGGACACUGAAGGACACCCCAAUGAGGAUCCACACGGGGCCCUGCUGCUGCUGUUGCCUCUGCUGCCCGCCCUUCAAGCUCACCAGGAAGAAGCUUCAGCUGCUAAUGUUGGGCCCAUUCCAGUAUGCCUUCCUCAGGAUAACACUGAUCGUGGUGGGCCUGUUUCUCAUCCCUGACGGCAUCUUUGACCCAGCAGAUGUAAGCCAGGAAUACAGGGUGGCAAAAUCCGGGCCUCAUUUAGUACCCUUGAGUUCUAGAAGGAAUAGCUGGAUCCAACAUUCCCUGACACAGGGCCCCAGGGACAGUAUGGAUGUGGAUAGUAGAGGCUUGGGGGCUCUGGUAGGAAGGAGACAUCAACAGGCACAGGCUUUGGGGCUUUUCUCCUACCUUUCCCACCACAGGGGAGCAGUAGAAAGAGAAGGGCUUGCCUCCCUCACUGACUUUAUCGUCUGCUGCCAGAUUUCUGAGAAGAGCGCAGCUCUCUGGAUCAGCACUUUCCUCAGUGUGUCCACGCUCUUGGCUCUCUGGGCCCUGAGCAUCCUUUUCCGUCAAGCCAGGCUGCACCUGGGUGAGCAGAACAUGGGAGCCAAAUUUGGUCUUUUCCAGGUGCUCUUCGUCUUGACUGCCCUGCAGCCCGCCAUUUUCUCAAUCUUGGCCAACAAUGGGCAGAUUGCUUGUUCACCUCCCUUUUCCUCUAAAAUCAGGUCUCAAGUGAUGAACUGCCACCUGCUCCUACUGGAGAGUUUUCUAAUAACUGUGCUGACACGAAUAUACUACCGGAGGAAAGACGACAAACUUGGGUACGAACCUUUCUCUUCUCCAGACAUGGAAUGGAACCUUGAAGCCUGAGGCAGAUGGCACGAACAAUGGAAAAGACACAGUACUCAUUAGGAGGGCACACAAUUUCUUCAUUGUCCCUCAACCUUGAUCAAAUGGGGAAGGAUCCCCACUGUCAGCAGAAGCUGGCAGAUUACAGUUCACUAUAGAGAUGAAGGUGAAUUAUGCAAUGGGAUGAAAUUGUUUUGGAUCUUGCUUGGGGAAGGUAUUUUAAGUUUUGUAAUAAAUAAAUAGGAUGGAGUCUGAAAAUCUAUACCUGGGUGCAUCACCUCUGUGGGUGCCACUAUCAGCCCUUAAAGCUUGUAUACAGAACGGUCACGGUGGGCUUUCCUGAAUCAAAGGGAAGGAGGAAGAAGUGUAUGGCAGUGUGUCCGGAAUGAGGAUAGGAGAACUCAGCCAGCCAAACAAUACCAGCCCAAGUCCUGAAGAUACCAGGCUUCUGGAGAACAGGUGGAAGGUGUCCUUGCUUUUACAGAUGUGUCAUUAGGGCACUGGUGACAUUAAGCCUGGGAGAUCUGGACCAGACUCCCUUUGCAGGGCAAUGGCUUUUUGAGUCCUCUGUGUCAAGCUGCAAAAGGAAUCCCCAAUAAUACGGUCAUGGAGCUUGAUUUUGAGGAGGGAAAUUAGGAUGUAAAAGCAAAGGCAUUGGGAACAAAGGUAAA